ACGGCGACUUACUGGACGGGACGACUUACAUUACCUAUACCACCACGUGUAUAUGAUGGUGUUAAUUCAAACAUUUAUAUUUAAUAAUUGACUGAUACAAAUAAGGAAUUAAUCGUCUAAUUUUAUUUACUAUUGUCACCUCCACAGAGCGCCAAUAUUUGAAAUCGUCCAAAUUUUUAAGAUUUUUCAACUAAAAUGCCAAAAAAGUUUACGGGUGAAAAUAGUAAGGCAGUUGUAGCCAAAGCAAGAAAAGCUGCUGUGAAGGAAGCUGAGAAUUUGAGGAAAAUUCAAGAUGCAGAAGACAACGCUUGGAAAGAUGAUGAUAAACAAGUGUUGAAAAAAAAACAGAAACAGGAAGAGCUGGAAAGAAAACGAUUACAACAGCUAGAAAAAAAAGCUGAGGCAAAAGCUCUCUUGGAAAAAGAGUUAGCUACUAUAAAGGUUGGCGGUAAACAACCUAGUUCAAAAAUUACAAGAGCAGAAAUUAUGUUAGAAACAGAAAAACGGAAUCAAGUGGCUUGUAAAAAGAAAGAAGUAGAGAAACCAAUCGAAGAAAACCUUAAUAGGCUCAACUUGGAAGGAGAAUCUGCUCAUGGAAUAAAUGAAGCGCUAACAUUAUUAAGCAUGAAAGAACCAGAAAUUGAUCGUCACCCAGAGAGACGAAUGAAAGCAGCUUAUAAUAGUUUUGAAGAGCAAAUGAUGCCAAUAAUUAAAGAUCAGAAUCCAACAUUAAGACUUAGCCAGUUAAAACAACUACUGAAAAAAGAAUGGAUGAAGUCACCUGAUAAUCCGUUAAAUCAAAGGUUUACAAGUAACUAGUUUAUUUUUAAGCAUGAAAAAAUGUGAUCAUUAUAGAUAAAAAUAAUUUCUAAUUCUUAUAAAUCAAUAAAUACAGUAAGAUAAAUAAAAUAACUUAUUAU